UCCAGCGCCAGAGCACUCGUACCGUGUAUGGUGUACCGUGUACCGCGCACCCGUGUACUGUGGUACUGUGGUACAGAGCGUGAAAAUUCCAUCAGUGUGUUGUUUCGGUUUCCUUUUCAGUUUGUAAAAUCGCAUCGAACGGCACGGCUCGGGACGCGCGCGCAGUGAUCGGCAUCGGCAUCGGCAUCGGCAAUAGAGAAACAGAGUGGUGUGUCGGAAACGGUAGUGAGAACCGAGUCGAGUCCCCAAUAGAAAGCCCCUGUACCCGAAGAAGUAGGAGUCCGACACGGGCGGGGAGCGUGUGUAUAGUGUAGUGUAGUAGUGUAAUUCUCUCACCUAAUUUUUAGUUGUUGUUCCCAUUUUUCGAACAAAGUCCUGACUUGGUUUCGGAACGAAGAUAUAUAUUAGAGGAUAUACCAGCAGAGCGGAGUUAUGUUUUGCGGCAGAGCGCAUCGAGGAGGUCCAGGCCCCAGCGAAUAGCGCCAUGUCGUCCUACCGAAACCCAACCUAUGCACAUGAGGUAGAUCGAGAGCGGGAGAUCGAGUGACUGAGCCUUGGUUUCCAGUGGGAGGACCAUCGAGUGGUGGGUGUGAGGAAGGAACUGCAACUGAAUCGUGGGGAACGAGGACCGAGGGAAAUAUUCAGCCAUGAAUCUGAUCAACAUGGACUCGGAGAAUCGGGUGGUGCUGAAUGUCGGUGGGAUACGGCACGAGACAUACAAGGCCACAUUGAAAAAGAUUCCAGCGACGCGACUGUCGCGUCUCACGGAAGCCCUGGCCAACUAUGAUCCGAUACUGAAUGAGUACUUCUUUGAUCGGCAUCCGGGCGUAUUCGCACAAGUGCUCAACUAUUACAGAACUGGCAAACUGCAUUAUCCCACAGAUGUGUGCGGACCGCUGUUUGAGGAGGAAUUGGAAUUCUGGGGUCUAGACUCGAAUCAGGUAGAGCCCUGCUGUUGGAUGACCUAUACACAGCAUCGCGACACACAGGAAACCCUAGCCGUAUUGGAUCGUCUGGAUCUGGAUACGGAAAAACCGUCCGAAGAGGAAUUGGCACGCAAAUUUGGCUUCGAAGAGGACUACUACAAAGGCACCCUAUCCUGGUGGCAGGAAAUGAAGCCGCGCAUUUGGUCCUUGUUCGAUGAGCCCUACAGUUCCAAUGCCGCCAAGACCAUUGGCGUUGUUUCGGUAUUUUUUAUAUGCAUUUCGAUAUUGUCAUUCUGCCUGAAAACCCAUCCCGAUAUGAGGGUACCAAUAGUGCAAAAGGUGACCGUUCGAACGGCGAACGGUAGCACGGCCUGGGUCCUGGACAAGCCACAAACCAAUGCGCAUAUAGCCUUUUUUUAUAUUGAAUGCGUUUGCAAUGCCUGGUUUACAUUUGAGAUAUUGGUACGCUUUAUCUCAUCGCCGAACAAAUGUGAAUUCAUCAAGUCAUCUGUUAACAUCAUAGACUAUAUAGCAACGCUUAGUUUUUAUAUCGAUCUUGUGCUUCAGCGAUUCGCAUCGCAUUUGGAGAACGCUGACAUACUGGAGUUCUUCUCGAUCAUACGCAUCAUGCGUCUGUUCAAGCUAACGCGUCACUCGUCCGGCCUGAAGAUCCUCAUCCAAACGUUCCGUGCCUCGGCGAAGGAGCUGACCCUGCUGGUGUUUUUCCUCGUCCUUGGUAUUGUGAUCUUCGCCAGCUUGGUGUACUAUGCCGAGCGCAUACAACCGAAUCCGCACAACGACUUCAACAGCAUACCGCUUGGCCUGUGGUGGGCUUUGGUGACAAUGACCACCGUGGGGUAUGGCGAUAUGGCGCCAAAAACAUACAUCGGCAUGUUCGUGGGCGCCCUGUGCGCCCUGGCCGGUGUACUAACCAUUGCACUGCCAGUGCCCGUUAUAGUUAGCAACUUUGCGAUGUACUAUUCGCACACGCAGGCGCGCGCGAAACUGCCAAAGAAGCGUAGACGAGUGCUUCCCGUCGAACAGCCGCGACAAGCGCGAAUACCAGGGGCCCCUGGCGGUGUCAGUGGUUGUGGCACACCGGGCUCGGGGCCACAUUCGGGACCCAUGGGCUCUGGCGGCACUGGACCGCGUCGCAUGAACAAUAAAACCAAGGAUCUGGUCAGUCCCAAAUCAGGUCCACUGGGCGCCAGCAUCGUGGCGAUGAGUCCGCGUACGAUGCUCGAUUUGAAUCCGGCCUUGGCCAUGGGCAAGCCGACAUUUCAGCCCCGAUUCCCCACCCAACUGGCGGCCACACCGUCGCCCAUGGCCAGCACCAAUACCCAUGGCGGUGCAGCCACAGCAGCGGCAACGGCAGUAGGCGUUGGAGCCACAACAACCACCAUAGUGGCACCGAUUGUGCCACCAACCAUUGCGGUCUCCACAACCGCUAGUGUGGGCAAGGACAGCGGAAUUUCCACAACAACCACCACAGCUACAGCCGCAGGCAACGCCAAUCUGGAGACCAGCAAGAAGGCCUUCCUCUAAAGGCAGCCAAGGCCCAACGGCCACUCUAUGAUCCUCUAUCCACCAUCUAAGCAAUAUCUAAUCGAAAUCUAAGGCUAUCAUCCUUCGCAUACGUAUUGUCUAAGUAUCCAGAGUAUACAGAGAUAUGUAUGUACACCUAUGUAUUCCCUAAGUAUUCAGAGAUCGACACAGGGAUCCAAGGAAAACGAAUCAUCUUUGGGUUCCAUAUCAUAUCAUGUUUCAGUCUGUCCAAAGAAAAUAAUGUUUCAGUCAAGACAUAUCGGCUAUUUUCUGGGGUUCUCAUAUAAAUACGAUCCUAAGUUUCACUUUCAGACAGAGGAUCGGAUCUCCCUUCGGAGCAAAGAAAUUAGAGAUAUUUUUAAGGAUCCUAGAUCAUCCUUUUGUUUACUUAUAUGAGGUCUCAAAUCUAUAAAAAGAACCAAUCAAAUCUAAGCAGCAAUACAUGAUCGUAGGUCAUCAUUAUUUCUCUAGGAAUAUUUCCAGAUGAAUCAUAGAUCAUCUUUAUUUCUCUCAUAUCAAUUUCCAAUUGUAUUUCCUAGAAACUUUUACGUUGACCAUACAACAACAACAACAUACCCAUGAAUCUUAUAUCGGAUCUUAAACAUAACCCCAAACUAUAUAUAGAUAAUACCUACAACAAAUUGCUUGACAAAAACAAGACAAAGCCGAAAAGC